CAUUCUGGAGGCCUGGCUAAGAAGGAACACACGCUUAGUGUCAGAUACCGAAUGGCUAAAUCAAAGAAAAUUAAAUAUACCAAAGAAUUCGUUGAAUAUAACGAUCUAUUCCUUGAAGUUAUCAAUGCGUUUUACAGAUACCUCUGAGUUGCCGUUAAAUGUUCAGGUUUUAUGCAGGAAUGAAUUUAUUGUUUGGUCACGCAAAAGAAGAGAUGCGCUUGCUGGAAAUACUUUGUCUUUCAACAUGCAGGAGUUAUGCAAGCCUGUUUGCUGGUACUUUCAUUCGACGCACAUAAAAUCUUUGUAUGUACAUCCACAAAUAUAUAAGUACACAAGUAUAAAUAUAAGUUUAUUUUCAAGGUUGAACUGGAGUGUUUUCUGCCAAAAAGCUGCCUGCGCAGCUUGACUGUGUCCAGAAAACCCCUACAAGCAGUAGUACACGAGUGGUACAGAAAAUUUUCAACAGACGCACAUACAAUAGUCCCAUUCAAUAAAGAGAAGCAUUCACCAUUUAUACACACAGAGUCUAAUAAUCUAUACAGAAAAUUUGAACAAUAAAACCGAAACGCUGAAAUGGUCAUACAUAUGUUCAGAAAUAAUGAUAGUAAUAACCAAGCAAACAAGCGGCAUCUACAAGCGAAGACAUAAAAUCACAUUUCAACAAAAUAUUUCCGCAGCUCAGUUUUGGUAUAUCCUAUUGUAUGUUUAUACGUGUUUAGAACGUGGGACAGGUUUUAAGACAACAUUUAGGUUAUGUAAAUUAUAAUUAGGGCGAAAAAGGGGUAUAUUCCAUGUAUUAAUAGUUCUUGUGUGUAUGUCAGCACGAUGGCUGUCCAAAGAUGCCAGAGUAGAAUAAAAAAUCGGCAAUGGAUGCCGUCGAAAAAUACAUUUUUCGCAGCAACUUAUAGUUAUACAAAUGACUGACGCGGACAAUGUUACGUGCUUCAGAAGCAUACUUGGAGGUAGUUGUAUUGCGAUUAUUCGAACAAUUUUCUUUUUCAAUACGAGAAACUUAUGUUUGUUUAUGUCAUUGUGGCCCAUACUAAAUUGCAGCAGUUAAGGUGAGAAAAAAAAUUGUGUAAUAAACUUAUAAUUUACAUUUCAAAGGUAAAGUUUCACAUUGCCGCAGAACCCCUAAUACGGAAGAUAGGAGGAGGAGUAGAUUUUAAUUAAAAGAAAGGAGAAGAGGUCGGCCUGGAGAGCGUGCCUCUAGCCUGCUGCUGCUCACCGGGGAAAGGGGAAGUGGGAAACACAGGGAAAGGAAGAUAGUUUUUUGCAGACAAGGUCAGUGUGGGCAUCCCAGUUUAAAUAACACGAAAAAUAUACUCCAAGUAUCUUGUGCACUUCAACUAUUCCUAUUUUGGUGAUCUUCAAAGUGGAGGAUGCAGUGCGGUGUUAUCGGUUUGUUUCUUGCACGAAAUAUUAUAGCCUUGGACUUUGUAGGAUUCAUUUUUAACUUAUUCAUCCUUGACCGCCUGGACAAUUUAAUUAGUAGGUCAUUACAUUUCACCAAUAAAUCGUUAAGGUUAGGGGCUGAAAGAAGUAGUGUGCUAUCAUUCGCGUAUAUCACAAAAUCAAUGGAAGGAUCCAUGCUUACAAUAUCAUCUAUGCACGUAUUGAACAAAAGGGGUCCCAAUACGCUCCCUUGUGGGACACCACAACUGACAGGAAAAAGGAACGAAAGUUUAUUAUCUAAAGACACCGACUGGCUUCUGUUUUGGAGAUAUCCUUCAAGCAAUAUGAGUGGUCUACCACGGAUUCAGUACAUUUUAAGUUUGUUAACAAGAAUAAAUUGAUUCAAACAGUCAAAUGGCUUACUAAAAUCAAGCAAAUGGCCCACCGUAUGAAAGUUCUCAUUAAUGUUGUUCAAAAUAAUGUUCUUCAUUGUUAAUAACGCUGUUUCUGUAGAUUUACUUGUUCUGAAACCAAAUUGUGAUUCAGAUAGUACCUUAUGUUUGUCAAAAAACUUACUUAUUCUUUAAGAAAUGACUUUUUCCAGAACUUUGGAAAACACAGGGAGUACAGAAAUCGGUCUACAAUUCGCUGGUACAUUUCGGUCGCCCUCUUUAAAAAUGACAGAUACUUUUGCAGUUUUCAUUACGUUGGGAAAAACGCCGCACUCAAUUGCAAGAUUGUAGAUAUGUGAAAUCAAGGGACAAAUUAGGGGCAAUACAUAUUUGUAAUAAUCCUUAUCAGGAUUGACAGUAUUGUGAAAUAAAUGAAAAAAAUUUCAAUGGUUUCAUCUGCAUGCUUUUGAUAUCUAAAGCUUUUCUGUUACUAAUUCCCAUGUACACGUUCUAAAGUUAAUUUGCAUUUGUAGGCUCGAAAAAUAUAGUCUCACUAAGCUGACUUGGAUAAGUGGAGAUUGUAGUGUCCUUAAGGUCUUGAGAUGAAGAAAUGUUACUUUAUGAUGAAAAAAUGUUUGUUAAAGUAUUCUGCAAGUGCCCUCCCUUUUAUUUCGUUUACAAUUACUAGCAUAUAUGUUGUGACAGAGUUAUUCGCACGGCGACCUAGAACAUCGUUUAAAGCUUUCCAGGCAAUAUAUGGUCUCCUUAAACUGACGCUAAAAAGAGCUCCUGACAAUAUGAUGUUUUAGCUUUCCGUAGCUCAGAGUUCAAUCGGUUUCGUAAACUUAUAAAGUGAAGGCGUGCAUACUCUGCACGCGUUCGAAGAAACGUUUGAUAGAGACGAUUUUUGUCCUUUGUCAUUUUGAAAAGUUAUCUUGUUACCCAUGGUUUUCUUAUCUUCUUCGUAUUAUCUUUCGUGCACGUUUCGAGUGGAAAGUUCUUUGAAUAUAAAUGAAGCAAAUGGUGAAAAAGAAGGUCGUACGCAUCAUUGACAUCAAUUUUCUGCAGCACGCAGGACCAUGUCGAAGUUCAUAUUAAAAAUACGUGAAAUAAAUAAAUAAUGUCGUGCUUAAAUGCUUCAUAGAGGCAUAUGUUAUGCGCUGCACAAUAAUAGACUCUUUCACAUGAUUUUGGCUUCUAGCGCGAAGUGAAACACGGACACAGAAAGGAGCAGACAGGAAUCAUGUUACCGUACCAACUCGCCCAACUGUCUAUCCUUUUGUUAGACUCUUUCACGUUGUUUCGCUUGGCAUGCUCAUUCCGAAAGACGACAAAAACACCGGACAGUGAUCGCUCACACCAGAAGCGAUUUUACCAGAGGAGAGCACACUCGUUUCAAUAUUCGUAAUUAUUCGUAAGUAGCGCAUGUGACACGUGUUGCUGUUUCUGUUAAGUUGACAAAUCCACAAGAGAGAAUCUUCACGUUGAAAUCAUGUACAGCAGCGUUAUGGUCAAGAAUAUUAUUAUUAAUAUCACCACUGCACAAAAACGAACAAUUAUUUAGUGAUGCGUGUUCUAGAAUCUGGUCGAAAUAAUCCAUAAAAUUGUUCUUGUUACCAUUUGGGGUGCGGUAUACCGCUGAAAUUAUUUGAUUUCAAUUUUCUAAUGUUAUAACUUCAUAAUCAUCCGUAACAUCACUAAGACACGCCAAGAUGCCGACCGGCUUAGCAGCAAAGAGCAGUAGCAACCAGCAGCAGCCGAUACUCCAAACCUGGAAGGGUCGGUCAAAGAAAGGUAUGCUUUAUUAAAUUUCGACGCGCCUUUUGCUCCCCUGAUUUCGGCGGCUGCAAUACAGUAGCCUGAUUCAGGCUCGGACAGCGAGUCCCGGGGCCACAGCAUGUUAGCGACUGAGAGUGUCGAGAUGUCCAGUCCCGUCCUCAAGACAUUUUUUUCAAGCGUAAGCUCUGCCAUUGUUUAUUUCUGUCGUUCGUUCUUUAAAAUGUCACCGAUGUGAAAGAAGCCGUUAUUUUAAGGCACUGCAUUAUGGUAAGUAUAAACCCCAUUCAAAUAGGUUCCCACAUGCUUGCAACCUACUGCGAAUCACUAAACAUUAUGGAAGACUGGAGCCGCGUAAAUAAAAUAAAGAGUAUUCUGCAGAAGACACAUAUACAGCGAGGAGCUCUUGAGUAGCAGCUUGAAUAAUGAAACACAUGCUGCUAACCUUUCAAGUGCCCGCUUUGAACCCGGUAAAUAACUCGAUGGGCAUUCCAGGGCAUUCCUCUUUUGCGUUUAGCAACGCAACCCUUAGCUCCAUUUGCAUGCAUCAGCAUGGAGGGCCACAUCAAACCGCCACAAGCAUUUCAUUGAGAUAAUCUAGGACAAAAACAAAGUAUGUGUUAAAACGUGGCUUUUCAAUAACGAGUAAACAACUGGGCUUUGAAACGACGUUGCAUAUGCAAAGGAAAUAAAAUAAAAUCCAGAUACACUUACGCAAUAAUGUUUACUUACAAGACGAUGAGGAAACGUGUGGGACAGAAAGAACAGGCUGAAAAACGCUGGAUAUUUACAAAUGGUGAUGGUUACAAAUCCGUAUACACAUGCACUAUGCAGACUCGCCCCACGAAUUUUAGCGAUCUUCCGGUGCAUCACACUCUUCCUUCUCUCGUUUUUUUUUUCAGCAUUAAUGCCCUUUGCAAAAAAAAAAUGAAGCCGCGUUGCAAUAUAAAAGCUUAUUACAUUCUUGGUGAGCUCAGUUGAAUGCUCACUGCAGCCAAUUUUCCACGUGCACAUUGCCUUCCCCAGGCUGAGCACAUCCAAUAUCCUAUCAGCAUGUAGUUCUUUCUUGCUGAAGCAUGCUGCGAACAUGUCUUCAAGCAUUUUUCACAAACGAAAAGAAUGGGCCGUGUGGCCACAGAAGUCCACCUCUGUCCCUGCGAAGUGUCAACGCAGCAAGCCCAGGAUUCGUCCACGAGGAAUGCGUACCUCUUUGCCGUCUAUUAGAUGCACGAAGCUCCUGAUAAUAAACCGCGGUUCAAAAUGCACCUCACAGACUGCACAAAAAUCGUUUAAUUCCUUAUCUGCACGGUGGAGAUUCCUCCCCCACUCCUUUCGCCGUCUUUCGUCAUGAGGGACGCUAACAAAGACGCCUUUGGUGCAUCCUUCACACGACUGUAUCCAGUGCGGCACCCGGGCGCAAAACAGUAAUUUCGAUGGCGGUCAGGCGCCUCACGCACACAUGCUGCACAUUUACCGAAGCAUAAAGCAGAGAACAGGCACAGAGGAAAAAUUGGCAGUGGCUUAGCUCGGCUAUGCCAGGAUAUACGUUGCGAAAGCUAAGGCAUAGCAGGGUUAGCCUUGUUUGAGCUUGAUUGCAAGUCCACGCUAGUCUGGUUAUCUAGAUAUGUUGCGGCGUUUAGGCAGUCGUUCGGCGCGCUGUUCGUCUGUUUCCUGGGCGAUUCGCUUCCUCUUCAUCUCGUCCCGAUGUCGAUUCCAGGCCUCCUCCUGCUUAUCAGAAUUGUCGCCGUCCAUACUGCCGCCUCAACUGUGGUUGCGGCGCACGCGAGCUCUCCUGUUCAAUCCUCCGGCAUGUUAUCAGGCAUGCGACGCAGCUGGCGAAGCGAGCGCAGGCGAGCGCAACGACGAGGAACGCGGUGUGGCGUCAUGUGCCUCCUCAGAGCACGGCCACGGAGAAAUCGCAAGUUCGCGGCCAGUAAAGCUUUCGCUUUAAUAUCGCUACGCGUAAAACACCGGUGGUAUUUGCAGUCGAGAGCUGACGUCGAUCCAACACUGACAAACUACCACAACCCCGCACCACCAACACGAAGCAAGGGAAGUUUUUCAGGUGAAAUGCGUGACAGCGUCCCUGGCGAGCAUCCGGGAUAUCGACACUGAGUGCAUCACGGCGGAGCGGCGCAAGGAUACGGCAGUGAGCACAAUUCCCCCUUCUGGAACACUAAGUGGAAGGUAGAUAGGGGAAGCCGGCCUGCGCAUGCGCAUCGUCGGUCACUGCUGCAAAGGGCGAGGGGGUCGCGCCGCGGAGAGGCGCGACGAUACGGGAGAGAGGGCACAGGAGGAGAUGGCCUCACGUUGCGCAUGCGUUGCGCCGCCUGGCAACCGCGUGGACGGUCCCAUACGCACCACCACUGGUAGGUCGGGUACCCCAAACAAAUGGCGCAGAAAGCCAGCUUGCUCUUUGAGCCUCUCUAACGCUGGUUACCUUCAAAGGGGCAGUGCAUUGCAAAGCUCCUCAUUCGGGGCACCCUUGAGCCAGAUGAGAAUGGGCCCCGUAAGCUUCGCUGUAUACAGAUUACAACAGGGGUUGGUCGAUCUGCGGCAUUUUUUUUAAUACGAGGUUCUCUUAAUCAAAUGUCCGCUUCCUAGUGUUGCUACAAUUUAACUUUCUCUCACAAAUGCGCCAAAUUUCAUUAAAAUCCGUCCAGAAGUUGUCUCAUUAGAGCAUUCCUGCGUGUUAUGUGUAUCUUAAAAGGGAAAUCAGAGUUCAGAGUUGACUAAGAGAUUAAGCUUUCUCCGAACAUCACUUUGCUUUCGAAUUGAAGGCUAAUGCAUCCGCCUCUCCAUGUCCAUGACAGCCUGAAUACACUUUUCUAUUGAAGGAUGAGCGCUAAGAUCAGCUGGUUUCAACGGAGGACCACGCUGUAUUGCCGUUAAAAACCUAUUGACAAUUUCGCUUGACAAUUGUCAAUUGGCUUUUAACUUAGAAGGCGCUGGCAAACCUCCCGACUUUGCGAAUAGGCGAAAUGCUGGUUAGAAUUCAACAUUGCGACUGUUCGCAGAGGCCUCCGUCGGCCCAUCUCCACCUGAAGAGAGCAUGACGAAAGCUACAAGCACAUCAUGUAUCUGCAUACACACUCCGGCAUAAAGGAAAAUGCAGAAAUCAAGAACUCCUUUUCUUUUAUUAGUUAUAUAGCGAAAACACGGUAAACGGGAAUUAAAUCUCACAUUUUAUUCAUAUUCUUCGUAAAGAGGAAAAAAUAAACGAGAAAUAAUGGAGUACUUGUCACCGACCGCAGUCGAAAGCAAAGCCUUUGCAUGAGUUACACUGUUCUCUACCAGUCACACCGUGCGUCCCAGCUAACGUUAGCCAAGCUGUUAAAGGACAAAAAAUUAAAAAGACAAGGUGCAAGACGUAAUUAUAAAACAUACGGUGUUCGAUCGUCACAGAUGUGACGAGCGAGCACCGUAGGACUUAUAACCGUAUAUUGCACCGAGCUUUCUUUCUUCCUUUCUUUUUUUACUUAUAACAGCUUGACUAACGUUAGCUGCUAUACUUUGCAUAUACCAUAAAGCAGUUACAUUCACAAUCUCUUCCAUUUUAUCCGAAUGUGUGUGUACGUGUGUGCGUAAACAAACAUUUAGGGUAUCAACCGAACAUUGACAAGUGACUGCUAGCCAUAGCAAUGGAUGUGGAACAAGCUGUUCUUCUUCAACUUUCAUUUCAAUUUCCUUUUUAGAGAAUAUGAAGCUUAUCUAAAAAAAACAUCACCUAAAGCUCUUAGACCACACUUUAAAUAAAGGAAUCGUUCCUCUGUGCUUUCCUCAAUUUGAGCAUGAUUUUGACUGUAUGUUGCCGUCAAAAUACGAAGUCCCUUAUUCUUCAUGCUGUAUGCACGGCGUGAAAAUGGUAUUCCUCAGAUUGCUGCUGCGUUAUUCCAUCGCACAAAGUUUUAUGCUUCCAAUGUACGUCUGCAACACCACCCCGAGACCUGGAUAGCUAGCGUAGCAGGUACAACUGUGUUAUGUUUUGUUUUCUGCUCUAUUUUGUUACAAGUUGUUCGAGAGAACAUUCCAUUUUCUUCGCCGAAGUUUCCGCUCAUCCGUCACCGCAGAGACAGGAAAACACCGGCGCAACGGCGUUGCGACCGCACGACUGGCGAACUUUCUUAACGUGCUCGCGGGGUGCACAAAGGCAUUCUCGCUCAAUUCGCAAGCUAUUGCGAGCGACGGCAAAGUGGCCUGUGCCGCUACGUGUCUGGCUCGUCCUCACAACCCCACCUUUCGCCGGUUUUCCAACGACGGUGUUUCGGUGAUCCAUCAAGUUCGAGUAGACCUGCACUAAUUGUCUCGAGGUGUCCCAGGGUUUCGCCAGAAACGCCGCGUUUCUUUGAAUGAAAGGAAAAGAAGGUUGAACGGGCUUUGUUCCGCAACCACUCGGAAAACAUCCCCGCUGCAGGCACGCGUCUCUCCGACUCCGAUUCUCUGUGUCGGUGAAUCGACGAGCUUUCCGAGCUCAUCGCGUGUGCACAUGGGCCGACCGACUCGCGCUUGCGCAAUCCUCCCGGCAGUUCAAAGCUCGAGAUGAUUCGUCGUGGUGUUUCGUUUUGUGUUAUUUUGCUGCGCAGCGCUUUGUGUUUCUCUUUUGACUUCCUUUUCACAAGGGGGAGAGUGAACGAGUGGGUUCCCAGUGCGACGCUGGCAUCUCUUCGCUGCACAAGUGUCGCGCUGACAUCACAGCAACCGCUGUUGACGAGCUUUAACGGGAUUCAGCCAGCACGCGAUCGGCAUAACUCACACCGCAGCUUACGGACCUUCGCUGGAGGUGUCUUCAAUAUAGCGCCCUUAGGGAAGACUAGAAAGCAGUCGUACAGUAAAUACCCUCGCACGAGGCCAUACAACUCGUUAUCUGGACAAUUUACAGAGGGCCAUCUGCGGCGCGAACGCGUGAUAUCUUUGCAAGAAGUUGGAGAGUUGGUGUACACUCAACUGCGUGCAUACGUCGCCGAGUUGUUUUGCUACCUGUACACGGAACUUCGGAAGGAAACAAGAGUUGCAAGAGAGUUUGUGGUGCUCGCGACCUCGCGUGCGGGUCUACACUGCGCUCGUCAAUGGUGGAGGCCUAAGAGCCCUACGGAAAGCCCUUGAAAGUAAGCGUCCAGCGGCAAUCACCUGAUCACCAGAGACAUGGACCAUGCUAGUGCUUCCACCACUGCCACGUCCUUCAGCGGUCUGUCGAAGCAGACUAAUACAAGCGAAAAGAUUACAAUGGGAGAAAGCAGCGCGGAUAGCGUAGGAGUGCAGACAGAGCCUUUAGCGGCGAGGUUGCGCAAGUUCGCCAAAGAGCACCUAUUCCUGCUGUCAACGCUAGCAGGCGUCGUUGCCGGCGUGGUGCUGGGCAUCGGUCUGCGCCACGCGAGCCCCAGCGAGUCCACCAUCGUGCUGCUCGGCAUGCCUGGCGAGGUGUUCAUGCGGUGCUUGCGCAUGCUCGUGCUCCCCAUGAUGAUCGCCAGCAUCAUCACAGGAAGUGCCACUCUGAGCGGCAAGGCGAAAGGCAAAAUGGCUCUGCUGACAUUUUCGGUCUUCAUCAGCACCAGCUUUGUCGCUUCCCUCAUUGGACUGGUAUUCGUGACAACGAUUCACCCGGGAAGUCCCGAGCUCAAGUCGGGCAUCGAUGUCGAAGACGAGAUCCGGGGUGACCCGCAGAUACUGGACACGUUCUUGGAUCUCGUACGUAACGCGUUUCCAGAAAACCUGGUAGAAGCCUGCGUUGAACAGGGUUACACGUCAUACGAAAAGAAAAAUCUAUCCAUUAGAGGAGAGCCUCCGAAAGAGAUUCUUAAGAAAAACUGGUCACGGAGAACUGGCACCAACUCUUUGGGCCUGAUAGUCUUCUGCGUCGUGUUCGGGGGUGCGCUCGGCACACUCGGACAACCCAUUGAAAUUCUGAAGCAGUUCUUCGCGGCUCUGGACGCUGCCAUCAUGAAAAUUGUCUACCUGGUCAUGUGGUUGACUCCCGUCGGAGUGACGAGCCUGUUGUGCGCCCGCAUACUGUCCGUGGCGAGCAUCGCGACACUCUUCCAGCAGAUGGCGCUGCUCAUCGCCACCGUGCUGUCGGGCCUCGCCGUCGAGCUGUUCGUAGUCGAGUGCCUGCUGUACUUCGCGGUGACGCGGAAGAACCCGUUCCGGUUCCUCGGGAAGCUCGCGUACGUCGCCGUGUGCGCCUUCGUGACGGCCUCCAGUGCUCCCGUCAUGCCGCUGACGCUCAACUGCCUGGAGGAAAACUGUGGAAUCGACAAACGCGUCACGCGCUUCGUGGUGCCCAUCGGCGUCACCGUCAACAUGAACGGUACGGCGGUCUUCAUCACAGUCUGCAGCAUCUUCAUCGCCCAGCUAAACAACAUUGCCCUCACGUCGGGAGAUUACUUCGCCAUCGUCAUUUCGGCUACAGCUGUCAGUGUGGCGUCGACAUCCGUUCCCAGCUCGGCCCUGUUUCUCAUGGUGAUGACAUUGUCAGUCAUCGGUGCCCCAGUCAGUGACGUCAGCCUUCUCUUCACCGUCGAGUGGUUGCUCGACCGCGCACGGACGACCAACAACUGCUUAGGCGACUGCGUCACCUGCGCGGUGGUGGACCACGUCUGUUUCCGGAAGAAGGCGUCCGAGCUAAGCGAGGUGGUGGUCGUGUACGACGAAGCCAGCGAGAAGCUGCAGGACUCGACCUUAUGAAGAUCGAACACCGCGCGAACACCGUGACUCCGUCGCCCGCUGAGUUAUACUUUUUUCAACCCAGUUGUUAUAGUCACCAUUGUAUAAUUAGACGGAAACAGUACAUAGAGACAUUGCACUCUUCUUCAUUUUCAUUUGAACUGGUCUUUUCGCGUGUGGAUGUUAUGUGAACGUUCUAUAAACCAUAGAGUACA